GUUUGGAACAGAAAUCAAAGACCAUUUUUUCUGAGAGAAGGAAAUAACAUCUGCAAAUGACAUGCUGUUUUUGCUACUUCCAUUGCUAGCUGUUCUCCCAGGUGGUGGCAAUGCAGACGGGCUCAAGGAGCCUGUCUCCUUCCAUGUCAUCCGGAUCGCAUCCUUUUAUAACCAUUCCUGGAAACGAAAUCUGAUCUCAGGUUAUCUGGGUGAUUUGCAGACCCACACUUCGGACAGAAAUUGCAACACCAUCAUUUGCCUGUGGCCCUGGUCCAGGGGAAACUUCAGCAACGAGGAGUGGAAGGAACUGGAAAUGUUAUUUCAUAUACGCUGCGAUCGGUUCCUUGAGGAAAUGCAUAGAUACUCCCGUGAAUUGCAGUUUGAGUAUCCUUUUGAGAUACAGUGGACAGGAGGCUGUGAACUGCACUCUGGAAAGUUCUCGGGAAGCUUCCUUCGGUUAGCUUAUCAAGGAUCAGAUUUCAUGAGCUUCCAGAACAAUUCAUGGUUGCCAUCUCCAGUGGCUGGAAAUAUAGCCAAGCGUCUCUGCAAAGUGCUCAAUCAGAAUCAGCAUGAAAAUGACAUAACACACAGUCUCCUCAGUGACACCUGUCCACGAUUCCUCUUGGGUCUUCUUGAUGCAGGAAAGGCACAUCUCCAGAGGCAAGUGAAACCCGAGGCCUGGCUGUCCCGUGGCCUCAGUCCUGGCCCUGGCCGUCUGCAGCUUGUGUGCCAUGUCUCAGGAUUCUACCCAAAACCUGUGUGGGUGAUGUGGAUGCGGGGUGAGCAGGAGCAGCAGGGCACUCAGCGAGGGGACAUCCUGCCCAGUGCUGACGGGACAUGGUAUCUCCGAGCAACCCUGGAGGUGGCCGCUGGGGAGGCAGCUGACCUGUCCUGUCGGGUGAAGCACAGCAGUCUAGAGGGCCAGGACAUCAUCCUCUACUGGGAACAUCACAGUUCCAUGGGCUUGAUCAUCUUGGCGGUGAUAGUGCCUUUGCUUCUUCUGAUAGGUCUUGCGCUUUGGUUCAGGAAACGCUGUUUCCGUUAAGAUACACCAUGAUCCUCCUUGUCACCCUUCUCCUUUUGGGGUGAGAGACCAGCAGUCCAACAGCUCAGGAUACACCUGAACACAUCGUGGUGAUGACGUCCUCUAACUCUCCUUGUAAAACUUUUGUCAUUUUUGCUUGUUUCUGAUUAAUGAUCAUUUGUCAAUAUAAGCUCAAUUUAGUUUUGCAGGAUUUGUUGUUCUGACCUGGGUUCUGGGACUUUAAAAUUCAAAUUUUAUCUCCAAAUGGAAUGGGAUCCUAGCAAUAUUCACAUGUUCAACUAUUAAUGGAUCAUCAGGCUUGUUAUAGAUGUCCCUUAUUCCCGAGGGCCCUCCCUGACUCACAAGUGGGAAACGGACUCUUCCUGGUCUGAACUCCCACCACAUUUCAGCCGUACUUUGCUGACUGUACUCCUCACUUCCUCUCCUUCGUUGCAGCUAUUUAGGUCCCCCUUUUCCUUCUAAUUUUUCUACUCCUUCAAUGCAAAGUAUGUGUGUUUUUAAUAUAUGCAUCCUUGGUGAAGGAUCUUUCCUUCAUGAAACAUGUUCUCAAUAAAACUCUGUGUUGAAUUUAU